CUGUUCUCGUGUUCUUAUCUGUGGAACUGGACAUCACAAACUUAGGACAUUACCUCUUACAGCAAAAAUGUUGAUACCAGUAGUGGUGUUGCUCAUAUCCGUAUUUGCGGAAACAACACAAUCCGAGUACUGUGCAUGCAUGCAAAAGCACGCUUCGAAACUUUUAUGCGCAAACGUCGACGUUACUUCUGCUAAAAGAUUGGAGGACAGCCGAGGCUUCCGGGUUAUAAAAGGAAGUUGUUACGACGCUUUAUCAGUGCAAAAACGUUUGUUUUUGGAUGGGGUGUCUGUCAAUACUCCUAUAGGAAGUGUAGGUGUUGAUCAGAAUGGUGUCUCGGCGAGCGCUAACGUAGGAAUUGGAAACAGCUCUAUUGGCGGAAGCUUUAAUGCUGGCCCAAGCGGUGUUAGCGGAAGUGCUAGUGGAACUGUAAACACAGGGUCUGGUUCCUUGAGUGGCAAUGUCAAUGCGGGCCCAGAUGGAGUAAAUGGUGGUGCUAGUGGAACAUUAGAUCUAGGCACCGCUGGGUCAUUGAAUGGUAAUGUAAAUGUAGGGCCUAGUGGUAUCAGUGGUGGGGUAGGCGGUUCUUUGAAUACCGGUUCUGGUAGUGUGAGUGGCGGUGUAACGAUAGGCCCCAACGGAGUCAGUGGAAGCGCCAGCGGUUCUCUGAACACAGGAGCAGGUUCUUUAACUGGUAAUAUUAAUGCCGGUCCAGGUGGAGUGAGUGGUGGAGCAAGCGGUACAAUAAAUACAGGGUCUGGUACCCUUAGUGGGAAUAUCAAUGCUGGUCCUAGUGGUGUUAGUGGUGGAGCUAGUGGUACAUUGAAUACAGGGUCUGGUACUCUUAGUGGGAAUAUCAAUGCUGGUCCUAGUGGUGUUAGUGGUGGAGCUAGUGGUACAUUAAAUACAGGGUCUGGUACUCUUAGUGGGAAUAUCAAUGCUGGUCCUAGUGGUGUAAGUGGUGGAGCUAGUGGUACAUUAAAUACAGGGUCUGGUACCCUGAGUGGGAAUAUUAAUGCUGGAUCCGGAGGGGUCAGUGGAAGCUUAAGUGGUUCCACUAACAUUGGUGGUGUAGGUAUUAGUGGAAACUUAAAUGGAGGACCGGGGACUGGUUUAUCUGGCGCACUGAGUAUCAACUCUGGUGGAUUGGGAUUGAACAUGGGUGGAUCUGGAGGAUCGUCAUCUUCCAGUGGAUCAUCAUCCUCUCCCAGCGGAUCAGCAUCUGGUGGGUCCAAUCCUAUGAGUAACUUUUACCAAUUGAUGAUGCAAGGUCCCAAUGCCAUGAUGCAAGCCUUUCAGAGUAUGAUGAGCGGAUCAUCGUCCUCAGGUGGCCCUGGAUUCAAUGCGAUGACAUUUAAUCAACAAGUUGGAGUUAAUGCAUUCAUGCAACAAAUGCAACAGCAAGGUUAACCUCUGUAAUAAAGAAUAAAUACUUUAAUUGAAA